AUGAAUAUGAAAAGUGACCUUAGUGAAGUAAAAGAACUUGAGAAUAAAAUAAUAAACCAUGAAGCUUACGGAAAUUCAUAUAAAUGGUCUCCCAGAGAUUUUGAAUUGGGUUCAGCAUUAGGCCAAGGAAAAUUUGGUCAUGUUCAUGUGGCAAGAGAAAAGAAGACUGGAUUUUUAGUUGCCAUUAAAGCUUUGUUUAAAUCACAAAUAACGAAAUCUAGAUGUGAAAGACAAGUAAUGAGAGAAAUUGAAAUACAGUCACAUCUGAAACAUCCUAAUGUACUCCGAUUAUUGACGUGGUUUCAUGACGAACGGCGUAUCUACCUUGUAGUGGAAUUUGCAGCUGGUGGUGAAUUGUAUAAACACUUAACAAACUCCCCUAAGGGCCGUUUUCCGGAAAAUAAAGCUGCAAAAUAUAUUUACCAGGUUGCUGAUGCAGUAGAAUACUGCCACCAACAUCAUGUAAUUCAUAGAGAUAUAAAGCCUGAGAAUAUUUUAGUAGCAUUCAAUGGGGACUUGAAAUUAGCUGACUUUGGAUGGUCGGUACAUGCUCCAUCAGAAAGGAGGAAAACAAUGUGUGGGACACUUGAUUACUUACCUCCAGAAAUGAUAAAACGUGAAGUAUAUGAUGUGUCUGUUGAUCACUGGUGUAUUGGAGUAUUGCUUUAUGAGUUCUUAGUUGGCAAACCACCUUUUGAAAGUGAAGGCCAAGACAAAACAUACGCUAGAAUUUUGACUUUAGAUAUUGUAUACCCAGAGUAUGUACCUGAAGGAGCUAAGGAUCUAAUUUCUAAGCUCUUAAGACAUUCAAGUAAAGAAAGACUGUCAUUAGAUGGAGUGAAGAAUCAUUAUUGGGUGCAACAGUUCUAUAAUGUU